GAGUGUUUUCAGAAGUGGGAAUAGCAGGUAAGGUCUUGAGGCCUGAAGAAGCAAAGAGUCGCUUAGUCGAUGCUGAGAUGCGUCUUGUGGAACAGAAUUUUUGGGACAUUUGCAGGAUGAGUUAGAUGAACUCCGUGCUGAGAUGGAAGAGAUGAGAGACAGUUAUUUAGAGGAAGAUGUUUACCAGCUGCAGGAACUUCGGCGAGAACUGGACCGUGCUAAUAAAAACUGCCGAAUCCUGCAGUACCGUCUUCGGAAAGCUGAGCAGAAAAGCCUGAAAGUGGCUGAGACAGGUCAGGUGGAUGGCGAGCUUAUUCGAAGCCUGGAGCAGGACUUGAAGGUAGCCAAAGAUGUAUCUGUCAGAUUGCACCACGAACUGAAGACGGUGGAGGAAAAGCGCGCGAAAGCUGAGGAUGAAAACGAAACUCUCCGACAGCAGAUGAUAGAAGUGGAAAUAUCCAAACAGGCCCUCCAGAAUGAGCUGGAGAGACUGAAAGAGAGUUCCCUAAAAAGAAGAAGCACUCGGGAAAUGUACAAGGAGAAGAAAACCUUUAACCAGGAUGACAGUGCCGAUUUGAGGUGCCAGCUCCAGUUUGCCAAAGAGGAAGCCUUCCUGAUGCGCAAAAAGAUGGCCAAGCUAGGACGGGAGAAGGACGAGCUGGAGCAGGAGCUCCAGAAGUACAAGUCCCUCUAUGGGGAUGUGGACAGCCCCCUGCCCACGGGGGAAGCAGGCGGGCCCCCCAGCACCCGGGAGGCCGAGCUGAAGCUGCGGCUGAAGCUGGUGGAGGAGGAAGCCAACAUCUUGGGCCGGAAGAUCGUGGAGCUGGAGGUGGAGAACCGUGGCCUCAAGGCAGAGAUGGAGGACAUGCGGGGCCAGCAGGAGCGGGAGGGCCUGGGCCGGGACCACGCACCCAGCAUUCCUACCUCACCCUUCGGCGACUCCCUGGAGUCCUCCACUGAGCUCCGCCGCCACCUGCAGUUCGUGGAAGAGGAAGCGGAGCUGCUCCGGAGGUCCAUCUCCGAGAUCGAAGACCACAACCGGCAGCUGACCCACGAGCUCAGCAAGUUUAAGUUUGAGCCUCCCCGGGAGCCGGGCUGGCUCGGGGAGGGUGCGAGUCCUGGUGCCGGGGGUGGGGCUCCCCUGCAGGAGGAGCUGAAGUCAGCCAGGCUGCAGAUCAGCGAGCUCAGCGGCAAGGUGCUCAAACUGCAGCACGAGAACCAUGCGCUGCUGUCCAACAUCCAGCGCUGCGACCUGGCAGCGCACCUGGGGCUGCGUGCCCCCAGUCCCCGGGACAGCGAUGCCGAGAGCGAUGCAGGCAAGAAGGAGAGUGAAGGGGAGGAGAGCCGGCUGCCCCAGCCCAAGCGGGAAGGCCCUGUUGGCGGGGAGAGUGACUCGGAGGAGAUGUUCGAGAAGACGUCGGGCUUCGGGAGCGGGAAGCCAUCGGAGGCCAGCGAGCCGUGCGCCACGGAGCUCCUGAAGGCCCGGGAGGACUCCGAGUGCCUAGUGACCCUAAAACACGAGGCCCAGCGGCUAGAGCGGACGGUGGAGCACCUCAUCGCGGACACCGACAGCUUCCUCCGUGACGCGGGGCUGCAGGGUGGUGCACCCUCGCCGGGGCCUGGCCUCCAGGGUGAAGAGGAGCGGGGCGAGGGGGACCAGCAGGAGCCUCACCUGCUGGGGACCAUCAACGCCAAGAUGAAGUCUUUCAAGAAAGAGCUUCAGGCCUUCCUGGAGCAGGUGAACCGCAUUGGGGAUGGCCUCUCCCCCUUGCCCCACCUCACAGAGUCCUCUAGCUUCCUCUCCACUGUGACUUCCGUGUCCCGGGACUCCCCCAUCGGGAACCUGGGGAAGGAGCUGGGCCCAGACUUGCAGUCCAGACUGAGAGAGCAGCUAGAGUGGCAGCUGGGGCCGGCCCGAGGGGACGAGCGGGAGAGCCUGCGCCUCCGAACUGCACGGGAGCUGCACCGCCGCGCAGACGGGGACGCCGGGAGCCAUGGGCUGGGAGGCCAGACCUGCUUCAGUCUGGAGCUGAGGGGCCCCUGUGUUUUACCUGAGCAGAGUGUGUCCGUAGAGGAGCUACAGGGCCAGCUCGUGCAGGCGGCCAGACUGCACCAAGAGGAGACAGAGAACUUUACAAACAAGAUCCAUAAGAUGGAGGAGGAGCACCUCUAUGCCUUGAGGUGGAAAGAACUGGAAAUGCACAGCCUGGCUUUGCAAAACAGCCUCCAUGAGCGAACCUGGAGUGAUGAGAAGAAUCUGAUGCAGCAGGAGCUCCGGUCCUUGAAGCAGAACAUUUUCCUCUUCUACGUCAAACUCAGGUGGCUGCUGAAACACUGGCGGCAAGGGAAGCAGAUGGAGGAGGAAGGAGAGGAGUUCACUGAGGGUGAGCAUCCAGAGACCCUCUCUGGGCUCGGGGAGCUUGGAGUCCAGGGGAGUCACCAGGCGGAUGGCCCAGACCACGACGACAGUGACCGAGGCUGUGGCUUUCCAGUCGGGGAGCACUCCCCACACUCCCGGGUGCAGAUAGGAGACCACAGCUUACGGCUGCAGACCACGGACAGGGGACAGUCCCACAAGCAGGUGGUGGAAAACCAGCAGCUGUUCAGCGCCUUCAAGACCUUGCUGGAGGACUUCCGUGCGGAGCUGCGCGAGGACGAGCGUGCCCGACUGCGGCUGCAGCAGCAGUACGCCAGCGACAAGGCAGCCUGGGACGUGGAGUGGGCCGUGCUCAAGUGCCGUCUGGAACAGCUGGAGGAGAAGACUGAGAACAAGUUGGGAGAACUAGGCUCCUCCGCUGAGAGCAAGGGGGCCUUGAAGAAGGAGAGAGAGGUGCACCAGAAGCUCCUGGCCGACAGUCACAGCCUGGUCAUGGACCUGCGCUGGCAGAUCCAUCACAGCGAGAAGAACUGGAACCGGGAGAAGGUGGAACUUCUCGACCGCCUGGACAGAGAUCGGCAGGAGUGGGAGCGGCAGAAGAAGGAACUCCUGUGGAGGAUAGAGCAGCUGCAGAAAGAGAACAGUCCCCGGAGAGGUGGCAGUUUCCUCUGUGAUCAAAAAGACGGCAACGUUCGCCCCUUUCCCCACCAGGGAAGCCACCGCGUGCCCCGUCCUGUGGCCAUGUGGCCUUGUGCAGACGCCGACUCCAUCCCGUUUGAAGACCAGCCGCUGUCCAAGCUGAAGGAGUCGGACAGGUGCUCGGCCAGUGAGAAUCUCUACCUGGAUGCCUUGUCCCUGGAUGACGAGCCAGAGGAGCCACCAGCCCACAGGCCCGAGAGGGAGUUCAGGAAUCGCCUCCCUGAGGAAGAAGAAAAUCACAAGGGGAAUCUUCAAAGGGCAGUGUCCGUGUCCUCCAUGUCUGAGUUCCAGCGCCUCAUGGACAUCUCCCCGUUCCUGCCUGAGAAGGGCCUGCCGUCCACCAGCAGCAAGGAGGACAUCACCCCACCCCUGUCUCCAGACGACCUCAAGUACAUUGAGGAGUUCAACAAGAGCUGGGACUACACACCCACCAGGGGCCACAAUGGUGGGGGGCCAGACCUCUGGGCCGACAGGACCGAGGUGGGGCGGGCAGGGCACGAGGACAGCACGGAGCCAUUCCCCGACUCCUCCUGGUACCUGACCACAAGUGUCACCAUGACCACGGACACCAUGACCAGCCCAGAGCACUGCCAGAAGCAGCCGCUGCGGAGCCACGUCCUCACCGAGCAGUCGGGGGUGCGCGUGUUACACAGCCCGCCUGCCGUGCGCAGGGUCGACAGCAUCACGGUGGCGGGUGGCGAGAGUCCCUUUCCCACAAGCAGAGCCAGAGGGAGCCUGGGAGACACCAAGGGGGGCCCUCCAGAACCCAUGCUCAGCAGGUGGCCUUGCACCUCCCCCAGGCACUCCCGGGACUACGUGGAGGGGGCACGGCGCCCCCUCGAUAGCCCUCUCUGUACCUCCCUGGGGUUUGCCUCCCCACUGCACAGCCUGGAGAUGUCCAAGAACUUGAGUGAUGACAUGAAGGAGGUGGCCUUCUCUGUCAGGAAUGCCAUCUGCUCUGGGCCUGGUGAGCCACAAGUCAAGGACAUGGCCUGCCAGACCAAUGGGUCCCGGACGAUGGGGACCCAGACUGUUCAGACCAUCAGUGUGGGCUUGCAGACUGAAGCCCUGCGUGGCAGCGGUGUCACCAGCAGCCCCCACAAGUGUCUCACGCCGAAGGCUGGGGGCGGUGCUACACCCGUGUCGUCUCCUUCCCGAAGCCUUAGGAGCAGACAGGUGGCCCCUGCCAUCGAGAAGGUGCAGGCCAAGUUUGAACGCACAUGCUGCUCCCCCAAGUAUGGUUCUCCCAAGUUGCAGAGGAAGCCCCUCCCCAAAGCUGACCAGCCAAAUAACAGGACGUCGCCAGGGAUGGCCCAGAAAGGGUACAGUGAGUCAGCCUGGGCCCGCUCCACCACCACAAGGGAGAGCCCCGUGCACACCACCAUCAAUGAUGGCCUCUCCAGCCUCUUCAACAUCAUCGACCACAGCCCCGUGGUGCAGGACCCCUUCCAGAAGGGGCUGCGGGCCGGCAGUCGGUCUCGCUCAGCAGAACCCCCACCGGAGCUGGCCCCAGGCCAGGAAACAGGCACCAAUUCCCGAGGAAGGUCACCUAGCCCCAUUGGGGUGGGCUCAGAGAUGUGCAGGGAGGAAGGGGGAGAGGGCACGCCAGUGAGGCAGGACUUAUCUGCUCCCCCUGGCUACACGCUCACUGAGAACGUGGCCCGGAUCCUCAACAAGAAGCUGCUGGAGCAUGCCUUAAAGGAGGAGAGGAGGCAGGCUGCCUGCGGGCCCCCGGGUCUCCACAGUGACAGCCACUCACUGGGGGACACAGCCGAGCCGGGGCCCAUGGAGAACCAAACUGUCUUACUAACUGCCCCCUGGGGACUAUAGCCCUGCCUGCCUCACGCUGAACUACCUUGUUCUGCACUAGCUCCAUCCCUAGAGCCCUGCUUCUCCAGGCCCGAGAGACCAGCAAACCGUCGCCCUCCGUCCCGGUGGGCCCCACAUUCCCCCACUGCCUCACAGCCUCAGUCACCCGGAGACCCGACGUCCUUGGAGGAGCAUGGUGGCGAGGAGCCGCCCGAGGAGCAGCCACACCGUGAUGCAAGCUUGCAUGGAUUAUCACAGUAUAAUUCACUGUAAUUUGCAUAACCACACCAUCGCCAUGAACAAAACUCUGCCCAAAAGGAGAGAUCUAGUUUUCUCAAGGUCAAAGAAUGUUUUUUAAAAACACACAGCUGCUGAAUGUUCAACCUGUGAAACUGAGAUGUUUCUAGAAUGAAACAGUAAAUGUGCCUGUAAUAACUUAAUUUUUUUCAUAGCUCAGAAAACUAUUUUUGUCUCCAUCUUUUUUACACACAGUAUAUUAAAUGAAAAGGUAAAUAAGGUAUAAAUAGAUUUAAAAAAUAAAAGUUUUAAAAAAUGUACAUUUUAAGAGAUUCUGAACACCCUUGCUGUCAAUACCUGACUGCCUCUCUGUUAAAUUUGCCCUGUUACAUUUUGGUUCAGUUUAUUUCCAUGUUGAAUUAGAGUGGAUUAAGUUAAUUUUAUUUUGUCAGUGUUACUGUUUUUUAAGACUUUUUUAAUGCUUCAGACUGUCUGAUUCAGUGAACUUUUUGUAGCGAAAAAGCCAUGAAGCCAGUAG